UUCGCAAAUAGCAAAAAAUCAUUCUUUAUCUCAGCUUAUCCUUCGAGAACAAGAUGGCAAAUAUCGCUUUGGUAAUUAUAUUCUCAUUGACCCUAGUCCACACAUUCCAAUUUGUGAUAAGCAAAGAUGAGAAAGAUUUGUUAGCGGAUGAUAAAGACCAUGGGAAGGCUGACAAUGAACUCAAGAAACAUAAAGAUGAAAAAGGAAGUGCGGAUGAUGAAAAGCAUAAAGAAAAAGAGGGUGCUGGAGAUGAGAAGAUUAAAGAAAAAGAGAGCGACGAGGAUGAAAAAGCUAAGAAGAAAGGGAGAGCCGAUCAUGGAAAGAUUAAAGAAAAAGAGAGUGAAGAUGACGAAAAGUUUAAAAAGAGAGAGAAAGCCGAUCAUAGAAAGGAUAAAGAAAAAGAGAGCGACGAGGAUGAAAAAACUAAGAAGAAUGGGAGAGCCGGUCACGGUAAGAUUAAAGAAAAAAAUAGCGAAGAUGAUGAAAAGUCUAAAACGAAAGAGAAAGCCGAUCAUAUAAAAGAUAAAGAAAAAGAGAUCGACGAGGAUGAAAAAACUAAGAAAAAAGGGAGAGCCGGUCAUGGAAAGAUUAAAGAAAAAGAGAGCGAAGAUGACGAAAAGUCUAAAAAGAAAGAGAAAGCCGAUCAUAAAAAGAAUAAAGAAAUAGAGAGCGACGAGGAUGAAAAAGCUAAGAAGAAAUGGACAGUCGGUCAUGGAAAGAUUAAAGAAAAAGAGAGCGAAGAUGACGAAAAGUCUAAAAAGAAAGAGAAAGCCGAUCAUAGAAAGAAUAAAGAAAAAGAGAACGACAAAGAUGAAAAGAGUAAAGAAAAAGAGGACGACCAUGAUGAAAAGGAUAAAAAGAAAAAGAAAGCCGGACAUGCAAAGAAUAAGAAAGAAGAGGGAGCCAGUCAUGCCAAAGAUAAGGAAGAAGAAAGUUAG